CGAGCGGCGGACAAACCAAACGCAACGAGUCGGUGGAUUUAACAACGGCCGACAUAUCCACAUUUUACCUGUUUUCUCACAACAAAACUUAUCUUUGGACUUUCCCGGAGAUCGGUGUGCUUCCGCAGGACUGGAUUCAGGUUUUUGUUUUUUUUAAGUUGUGUUACGGUCCACAACUCAGCCCAAUCUAGGGGUAUCCGACGUCCGCUCGGACGGAAAGACGUUUUCCACCAGGUCGUGUUGCGUCUCAGGAUCACCAGGAUUUCAAAGGACAAGAAAUAUACACGCACUCAAAAAAACAGCGCUACUGGCAUUUUCCUCAUGUUUCUUGCGGAAGGUUAACAAGACAAGGAAAUAGACCGUUUUCUCUGGAUUGCCUACCACAUAUUACCUGGGGUUUAAGCGCGGGGAGGAAUCAGUCGAGACAAAGGUACAAUUAAGGACGGGCCCACAAUAACGCAGGAUAUCCAGUGAUUGCGGUGGAACUGUGCGCCUGGUACCCGAGGACGGAGCUUUGUCCGCCGCCAUCCUGCGUGCACAGGGAGGGGUGGCGGUGAUUACCGCUCGUUCACCGGGAUUACGGAAAGAAAACGCCAAAUUCCCCUGUGAAAAGGAUUCGACAUGUAUCCACAAGGCCGGCAUCCGGCACCUCACCAGCCAGGGCAACCUGGCUUUAAGUUCACCGUGGCAGAGUCGUGCGACAGGAUCAAAGACGAAUUUCAGUUCCUGCAGGCCCAGUACCAUAGUCUUAAAGUGGAGUACGAUAAACUGGCCAAUGAAAAGACAGAGAUGCAGCGCCAUUAUGUCAUGUAUUACGAGAUGUCCUAUGGGCUCAACAUUGAAAUGCACAAACAGACUGAGAUUGCCAAACGACUCAAUGCAAUCCUGGCCCAGAUCAUGCCUUUCUUGUCACAAGAGCACCAACAGCAGGUGGCCCAGGCUGUUGAGCGUGCCAAGCAGGUGACUAUGACCGAGCUGAAUGCCAUCAUCGGGGUACGUGGACUUCCCAAUCUGCCUCUCACCGAAUACCGGGACGUUUUCUUGCAUACCUCCACUUCUCAUAAGCUCCGGCAGCAGCAACUCCAAGCCCAGCACCUCUCUCAUGCUGCCCAUGGCCCGCCUGUUCAGCUGCCCCCACAUCCCUCAGGGUUGCAGCCCCCUGGCAUCCCUCCUGUGACGGGUGCCGGCUCAGGCCUGCUGGCGCUGGGUGCCUUGGGCAGCCAGGCCCACCUAUCUGUCAAGGAUGAGAAGAACCAUCAUGACCUGGAGCACAGAGAACGUGAAUCGAGCACGAAUAACUCUGUGUCACCAUCGGACAGUCUACGGGCGGCCAGUGAGAAGCACCGUGGCUCUUCUGAUUACGGUCUUGACUCCAAGAAACGCAAAGUGGACGACAAAGAUAGCAGAUAUGACAGCGACGGAGAUAAGAGUGAUGACUUGGUAGUGGAUGUGUCAAAUGAGGACCCAGCCACUCCUAGGGUUAGCCCUGCUCACUCUCCUCCAGAGAACGGCCUGGAGAAAUCACGCGUGCUGAAGAAGGAUGCCGCCCCCAACAGCCCCGCCUCCGUGGCUUCCUCAGGCAGCACGCCCUCCUCUAAAGCCAAGGACCACACCCAUAAUGACAAGUCGUCCACACCUGGCCUGAAGUCUAAUACCCCCACGCCCAGGAAUGAAGCACCAACGCCAGGCACCAGCACUACUCCAGGACUGCGGCCACUACCAAUGGGUAAACCACCAGGCAUAGAGGCACUGGCUACUCCUGCCCUGCGUACACCUUUGUCCAUUGCAGGUUCCUAUGCUGCCCCCUUUGCUAUGAUGGGCCAUCAUGAGAUGAAUGGCUCACUUACCAGUCCAGGGGUUUAUGCAGGCCUCCAUAUAUCACCACAGAUGAGUGCUGCAGCUGCUGCUGCUUAUGGGCGCUCUCCAAUGGCGGGGUUUGAUCCUCACCCUCACAUGAGAGCCCCAGGCCUACCAGCCAGCCUCACCUCCAUAUCCGGAGGAAAACCGGCUUAUUCUUUUCAUGUGAGUGCCGACGGGCAGAUGCAGCCGGUACCCUUUCCCCCAGAUGCACUGAUAGGUCCGGGCAUCCCGCGCCACGCCCGCCAAAUCAAUACCUUGAGUCAUGGGGAAGUAGUGUGUGCCGUCACCAUCAGUAACCCCACACGUCAUGUCUACACUGGUGGCAAGGGAUGUGUCAAAAUCUGGGACAUCAGCCAGCCAGGAAGCAAGAGCCCAGUUUCCCAGCUUGACUGCCUGAACAGAGACAAUUACAUUCGUUCCUGCAAGCUGCUGCCUGACGGCCGCACCCUGAUUGUGGGUGGGGAGGCCAGCACGCUGACCAUCUGGGACCUGGCAUCACAGACGCCCCGGAUAAAGGCAGAGCUCACCUCCUCAGCCCCAGCCUGCUAUGCUUUGGCCAUCAGCCCCGAUGCCAAGGUCUGCUUCUCCUGCUGCUCUGACGGGAACAUCGCUGUGUGGGACCUCCACAACCAGACCCUCGUCAGGCAGUUCCAGGGCCACACAGACGGGGCAAGCUGUAUUGACAUCUCCCAUGACGGGACCAAACUGUGGACCGGAGGCCUGGAUAACACUGUCCGCUCCUGGGACCUGAGGGAGGGACGGCAGCUCCAGCAGCACGACUUCACCUCACAGAUCUUCUCAUUGGGUUACUGCCCCACCGGUGAGUGGCUUGCUGUGGGUAUGGAGAGCAGCAAUGUGGAGGUGCUUCACCAUACCAAGCCCGACAAAUACCAGCUACACCUCCAUGAAAGCUGUGUCCUCUCUCUCAAAUUCGCCUACUGUGGCAAAUGGUUUGUGAGCACAGGGAAGGACAAUCUGCUGAAUGCAUGGAGGACUCCUUAUGGUGCCAGCAUAUUCCAGUCAAAGGAGUCGUCCUCUGUCCUGAGCUGUGACAUUUCAGCAGACGACAAAUACAUUGUGACAGGCUCCGGUGACAAGAAGGCCACUGUCUACGAGGUCAUCUACUAGAGAGCACAGGAGGCUCCUCCGAAGCCUCAGCACUUCUAUUUGACUGACUGGCCUUCUUCUUUGUUUUGCUUCGAUGGUGACUCCUUCUCGGUUCAUCCUGCCUCCCUUCCUUUAGACUGUCCAUGGAUUUGGAGUUCAGUGGGCUGGUGAAAACUGGGGAUUGGAUGAGUUAUGAACUGCCAAUAGGAGUUAAUGGAAUCAGUUGUUUGAGUAUACUUGGGAACAACAGGAAGAUUUUUUUUUUGUGACUUUGUUUUUGGGUUCAGGAUUUUUUUUCCCUUUUUUUUCUACUUGAGAAUUUUUCAUUGAAGCGGCGCUUCAUCUGUGAGAACCUUGUGUCCUAGCCAUCUUGUGAAAAGUGUACAUAUUGGAGUAAAUAAAUGACAUUUUAUAUAUAUUAUAAAUAUAUAUAUUUUCACGUCCUGGGUGUACUUGUGAUGUUUGUUUUUUUUUGUUUGUUUUUUUGGCCUUGCUUCCUCAUGCCAGAUAUUUGAGCAAGAGAGCUAAAAGUAGGUUAGUUUUUUUUUUUUUUUUUUUUUACAUUUUUAUUCUUGCCUGAUUUUUCUUGAAGCCCAUUUUCUGGGCUGACCUUUUCAGAAAUCAAACACGUCUCUCAGAGUAAGGGGAGGAGGCACCAAACUUAUGAAUUGAGAAUAAAACAAAGACCUUGUGGAACUAUAAAAAUGUGCUCUGAUCCAUGAUGUGGAGCCUUCAGGCUUGGACAGGGCCACAGAUGGCUUAGUCAUGCUACAGGACACCAGUUGGACCUAUCAGAGGCGAUUGUGGUCAAUGGAGAGGAGAUGGAUGUAAAUUUGAUUGAUAUUAAAGAAGAAAAAAAACAUUUUUAAGUGUAAAAGUGUACUGCUUAUUCUGUGCUCUCUUUCUCCCUGGUUCUUGUACUUUUUGGGAAAUGGAGAAAGUUUUAUGUUGAACUUGACACAUGGACCUCAGUUGGCAGCCACAGCUUUGUAGCAGGCACCAUCUAAAUGACAAAAUGUUCUUGCCAACAUAUGUGGAUGUUGAAUUGUGCCAUUGAAAUCAUGGCGAGAGGCUGACCUUAAAUGGCCAUUUGGCUUAUUGUCACAGAGUUAUCAACCUGCUCUCCGUGAAUCCAUCUGCCUUCUGAAUCUUAUCAAUAUUCCUGGAAAGGCUUUUUGGUUGCUGGGACAUAAUGUUUGUUGCCCAAUCUGUCUCAAAUGACAUUCAGUGCCUGUAUUUACUAAUGAGACGAGGGGGAAAAAAAGGUACUUUUCAAAAGUAAAUGCAACAGAAAUAUACAAAUUCUGAAGUUAAACGAAUACAAAAUUUUUACUGGUGGCUCGCAUGUUGAGUACAAGGCCAUAGUGAAUGAUCAGAUUCUUCACUGCUCCUUAUCCCAUCAGCCUAUCUCUCUGUCAACACGAGGGGGUUUAAAUGCGCUAGUCUCUAAAGUUCACACCAAAGUAUGUAGCAAAUACUGUCAGCACUGAAUAGAAAUGUACAGUUGUUAAUAAAUCAAUAA